GUGUGUGUGUGUGUGCGCGCGCGUGUGUAUGUGUGUGUGUGUGUGUGUGAAGCAUUAAGCAGCAGCAUGUUUGUUGGGAGGAGGAGCUCUGGAGAUCCAUGAGUGACUUUUCCACGGCUGUGUUCAGAGUUUAUGAUCGCAGCCGCUCGUGGAUCUUGAUUUCAGUCUGUGAUUGUGUGUGUGUGUGUGUGAUGUGGGAUCAUCAGUAUGUGUCUCGAGCCAUCGAGAUCUUUAUUCCGUCUCUCAUAAGGGAACUGGACGAGAUGGGAAAAUUGCGCAAACUCUUCAGGGUGGAGAUUCUGUUCAAUGGAAGGAAACACUUUGUUUUACGGCGGUACAGUGAAUUUCAGACGCUUCACAGAAAGUUGAAAAAGAUUCUGCGAGCUCCUGAUUUUCCAAGUAAGAGAAACCAGCACCUGCGGACCAAGCCACUGGAGCAAAGACGACAGGAACUGGAGGACUACAUACAGGUGAUUCUGUAUGAAAAUGGAGCUGUUCCUCAAGAGCUCCUGGACUUUCUGCAGGUCAAACAUUUUCAUUUAGCGAGCAAGAACUGCAACUCAGAUGAAAAUCAGUCAGAUGACCCUCAAGAGGGAUACAGGUAUAAAAUCAUCCUCCUAUCAUUUACCCUGCAUAUAAGUCCUUUUCAAGGAGGUCUAUAUAGGACCAGGAGAGAGCUAUGCAUUCACAUUUCCAUUUAUCUCAAUGGCAGUUUCCUUUGAAAGUUUGCAGUUUAAAAUUUAUCGCCUUUUCACGUUUUUAAGAGCCCUCCAAAAAAAUUAGGGCACUGGCAAAAGAUAUACUGUGAAAUACUUUCUUUAUAAGAUUGUUUAUUCUGUCAGAAUACAUGGCUCCUUACUGGACAAAGAUUGAACUUACUUUCUGAAAACGUUUUACGUUCACGCAAUAGUUUGCAUUCCCUCACAAUAAAUUACUCAUGGUUUUAGUAAUAUUGUAGAAAACGUGUUUCUUUGUUGUAAACAAUGGUUUAGAUAGGCCUACAAUAUACCAUGGUUUUACCACAGUAAUACUGUAGUAAGCAUGACUGUGGUAACCAUGGUUAAAUUUGUGGUUACUAUGGUUUUACUACAAAUACAGUGUUCAAACUAUGGCUACUGCAGCAAAACUAUGGUUCAUUUUGG